AUGUCGUGUGAAAAAGCGUCACGGCGCCUGAGGUACAUUAUCGCCAAGGCUAAACGGUUCGGUUUAGCUGAGUAUGAACUGGCUGAUUUAUCUGGCGCUAAAAAAAUCACGACAUCCAAAUCCGGUCCGUUUAACACUUGGUAUCUUAUCGCCCUCGUAAUUGCUAUUAUCAUUUGCGGAACACUGGUUCUUGCGCUUGUUUGUAAUCCUUGUUCUUCGAGAAGAAUUUAUUUGGGCUUCAAAAAUACUUAUCCAAUCAACAUUAAAUAUCCUACGCACAUCCUUAAAUAUUUAUCCAUUACAAAAACGAAAAAAAAUAUUUUUUGUCCAAUUUUAACCUCUUUGGUAUUUCCCAGUCGUAGCAGAGCGACUCAGGUGGUCGUUGAUGUUGAGCUAGAAGGCAACCACCAACGUCUCACGGUUCGUUAG